AUGUCAAGUCUAGAGAGCUCUUCGCUGUCUGGCUCGCAAGACCACAGCAAUAGCAGUGAGCCGUUCGACAGCAGCGAUGGAGAGGAGAUGUUGCUUGACGCGCUGGACGACACCGACGACUGGAAUCUCAAGCAAGCAAUUGAGUUUAAUGGAGACGCGCCUGAAAUUGUGGACAAGUGCGUCCACACUCUGAUCAAGGCGCAGGCAGCAGAGCGUCCCAAUGCCAUGGCCGUGCGCGGCUGGGAUGCAGAAUUUACGUACGCGGAGCUGGAUGCGGCUUCAGACAGGCUGGCCAGGCGACUGGUAGACCGGGAGAAGGUCCGUGUCAGCGACCUCGUGCAUGUGUGCUUUGAGAAGUCGGCCUGGUGGUUCGUGGCCAUUGUCGCCAUCAACAAGGCUGGCGCUGCCUGGGUUCCACUCGACCCAAAACAUCCAAGACAGCAUCAAGCACAAAUUGUCUCGCAGACUGGCGCCACGCUGGUCCUCUCAUCCACCGACCAGGCCGCCGCCUGUGCCGACCUUGUCGCCAAUGUACUUGCGGUCAACACGGAGCUGGACGAGCAGCUCAAAGCCGAGCUCGGACCCGCAUAUACCUUCCCGGCAACCGCCGUCACUCCAGAGGAUGCCGUAUACGUAUUGUUUACGUCCGGGAGCACUGGCACCCCGAAGGGCCUGGUGAUGCAGCACAGGGCUGUUUGCACAAGUCAAACUGCCAUUGUCAAGCGACUCGGACUUACCCCUGACGUCCGCAUGCUACAAUUCGCCAGUUUUGUGUUUGACCUGUGUAUCGGCGAGAUCAUCGGACCCCUGAUCACCGGUGCCCAGAUCUGCGUCCCCUCAGACGAGACCAGGUUGGAGGGACUACAGAAAUUCGCAUCGGAUUUGAACGUCAAUUGGGCGUACCUGACACCGGCGUUCGCGCGUACACUGCGUCCCGAGGACAUGCCCAGCCUCGAGUUGCUACUGUUAGCAGGCGAGGCUGUGGGUCGCGAUGUCUUCAACACCUGGUUUGGCAAAGUGCGCCUGGUAAACGGCUGGGGUCCUGCAGAAACCGCCUGCUUCAGCACACUGCACGAGUGGACGAGCGAAGAUGAGUCGCCGUUGACCGUGGGGCGUGCGGUUGGUGGGUUCUGCUGGAUAGUCGAUCCCGACGACCACAGCCGCCUGGUGCCGAUGGGCUGCACGGGAGAAGUCAUGAUUCAAGGCCCGACGCUUCUGCGCGAGUAUCUGAGCGACAAGGCCAGAACUGAGGCCUCGACCGUGGAUGAUUUGCCCUGGUGGGCCCCCAAUCAGGACGAGCGGUGCUGGGGCCGCUUUUUCAAGUCUGGCGAUCUCUGCUUCUACAACAGCAACGGAGACAUUGAAUUCAUCAGCCGCAGAGACACGCAGGUCAAGAUCCGAGGUCUCAGGGUCGAGCUUACCCACGUGGAACACCAUACGCAGGUGGCCACGGAGGGCGCCCAACAGGUCGUCGUUGAUGUACUCCGAAAUGGCGCAGAGGCAACUUUGGUUGCUUUCCUGUGCUUCAGCCAGGCCACGCGCCUGCCCAAGAGUGACGGUGUAGACCACGACGACGUGUUUCUCCCGCCAUCCCCUGAGUUUCGGAACCUCAUCAUCAGCACUGCCAGUCAGCUCAGCGUUGCACUACCCAGCUACAUGGUGCCUGCCGUCUUCAUUCCUUGUCGUUUUAUCCCCUGCAUCGGAUCUACAAAGGUCGACCGUGGAGGUCUGCGCCGAGCAGCAGCUGCUUUGGGUAGCGAAGGGAUGACCAUGUACGCCUUGGUUGGGGCCGAGAAGCGCCCAGUAGAGACACCCAUGGAGACUAUAAUGCAGCAAAUCUGGGCUUCGAUUUUGAGAGUCAGCCCAGAGUCAAUCGGUCGCGAUGACAGCUUCUUCCGCCUUGGUGGCGACUCCAUCAGCGCCAUUCAGGUGGUCACGGCAUGCCACGCGGUUAAUGUCAGCCUCAGCGUGCAUGACAUCUUCAGCGAUCCCAGGCUGCUGGCCGUCGCGGAAAAGGCGCAGCUUGAUGAUCUCGACGUCGCUCACAGCAUGGAUGACCCGGAGCCCUAUAGCCUUCUCCCGGCCGAGACCGACCUUGACGUCCUGCAACAGAAAAUCCUGGAAGAAUGUAGCCUGGGAGACGAGCAACAGAUCGAGGACGCCUUUCCGUGCAGUGGCCUGCAGCAAGGUCUGAUGGCACUGGCUGUGAAACAACCUGGCUCUUAUAUGGCACGUCAUGCCUACCGCCUUGCGGGUGAUGUCGACUUGGACAGAUUCCGUGACGCAUGGGAACAGACACUCAAACAUCAUGGCAACCUGCGCACACGUAUUAUCCUCCACGGAAACGACUCCAUCCAGGCAGUCAUCGACGAGACACCACAGUGGGAGGCCACCAGCGAUGAUCUGGUCACCGCCUGGGCUGGGACCAAGAAGAUGGAGAUGCAGUACGGUUCGCGCCUCUGCAGAUACGCUCUUGUGUCUGACGGAUCCGGGGCACAUUACUUUGUCCUGGUCAUCCACCACGCCGUCUUUGACGGUUGGAGUCUGGGGCUGGUCCUGCGCACCCUGUAUGAGCUGUACGAGGACGCCAGCGCGGAACCCAUGCUGCAUGCAUACUCUGGGUUCAUCAAGCACCUCGACGAACUUGAACCGUCCGAGGCUGCAGAUUACUGGACCCAGCAGCUUGCUGGUGCGCAGCGGGCUUCGUUCCCGUCAGUCGACCGGGUCUCUUCGCAGGCGACGUCGUCAGAGACACGGACGGUCGAGACUACAAUGCGGUUGCGCGAGCAGGAGGAUGCAUCAAUCACAAAAGCGACCAUCCUCCGGGCCGCGUGGGCUAUUGUGCUCGCCCAGUACAGCGAUCUGGACCAGGACGUGUGCUUCGGCACGGCGACUUCUGGCCGGCAAUCCAGCGCUCCCCACAUCGAGUCCAUCGCCGGCCCUACUGUCGCUACCGUGCCAGUCAGAGUCCGCCUUGGCAGGCAGCAGCUGAUUCGAGAUGUACUCCGGGACGUACAGAACCAGGCGGUGGAAAUGGUCCGGUACGAGCAGUAUGGACUCCGCAAUAUCACCCGCCUCAGCACCGAGGCUCGGGAAGUGUGCGACUUUGCCAACCUCAUGAUUGUCCAGCCAGUGCAGUCUACGGAAAGCGGUGACAACGACGACGAAAGUCUCAGCAAGUCCGUCUUGCUUCGCGCCGUGGAUGCACACAGCUUCGGCCCAUCCCAGGGGCUGGAGGGCUACUUCAACUACCCACUUGUGCUCCAGGCCUUCACCUACAACGACCGGGUUCGGCUAGUCAUGACCUUUGAUGCCGCAGUCGUUUCUGAAGAGAGAAUCAGGGCCAUGACCUACCACAUCGACCACGUCGUCCAGCAGUUGUAUACCAAGGGCGACAUGACCGUUGGCGAACUUUCAGUGGCUGGACCCUGGGAUCUUGACCAAGCACGACGCUGGAACACGGCCGACGCUUCCCCAGUCGAGGCUUGUGUCCAUGAUAUGUUCGUCGCACAGGUGGCAGCCAGCCCCAACAAAGAAGCGAUUACUUCCUGGGACGGCUCGCUCACGUACAGCCAACUGGAUCGCAUGUCCUCACUGCUAUCGACCCAUCUCAUUGAGUUGGGGGCUCAAUCGGACAUGCUCAUCCCGGUCUGCUUUGAGAAGUCCAUCUGGACCGUCGUGGCUAUGCUGGGUAUCUUGAAAGCGGGCAGCGGUUUCUGCCCUGUUGAUCCGGCGCAUCCCCUUGCCCGACGCCAGGAGUUGAUCCAGGAGACCAAGGCCCGGAUCAUGAUUGUGUCUGAAACCUCGGCGGCUUCGUCAGUUGCGCUCUGUGAGUCAGUCGUCACACUCAAUCUUGCCUUCAUUACGCAGCUGUCGGAAAGCUUCGUCACCUCCCACGCGACGGCGACCCGCAAUGUGGUCACAAAGCCACACAACAUUGCAUACGCCAUCUUCACGUCCGGAUCAACAGGACGGCCAAAAACUAUUGUCGCACAACAUUCGGCCCUUUGCAAGAGUCUGAAAGCACAGACCACGGCCUACGAGAUAACCUCAGAGUCGAGAGUGCUACAAUUCUCAAACUAUGCCUUCGACGCUACACUCACCGAAAUCUUCACAACCUUGGUGGCUGGCGGAACCAUCUGCGUGCCUUCUGAUGCCGACCGUCUGCAGGAUAUUGCCGGGUUCAUCCGCCGGAACAACGUGACUGCAGCCAUGCUUACGCCAUCGUUCGCAAUGACUUUUACCCCCGACGAGACUCCGACACUCAAGACUAUCGUCAUGGGCGGCGAGGCACCAACAGUGGCUAACCUGGAUACCUGGUUGGGACGCGUGCGGCUCAUCAACGGUUACGGCCCGACAGAGACCAUCAUCUACUGCACAUACCACGUCUACGAGAGCAAGGAUGAAUGCCCCACGAUCGUCGGCCGCGGUCUCACGGGAAGCUGCUGGUUGGUCGACCCCCAGAAUCACCAGAAGCUCACACCCAUCGGCUGCGUUGGCGAACUCGUCGUUCAAGGGCAUGCUCUAGCACUUGGUUACGCGAACGACAUCGAGACGUCAGCUCGGGUGUUUCUCAACAGCGUAGACUGGCUCUCACCUACCGAUAUUGCAGGCCAACGGUUCUACAAGACUGGAGACUUGAUGCGCUAUGGGCCAGACGGGGCGCUGCAGUACAUCGGCCGCAAGGACACCCAGAUCAAGCUGCGCGGUCAGCGCAUUGAGCUUGGGGCUAUCGAGCAGAGCAUCAAGCGCUUGCAGCCCGCCUUUGAGCAUGUCGCCGUCGAGGUGAUUUCGCACGACGGCCGUGAUGCCCUCGCCGCAUUGGUGAAUUUCCAUGCUGGGCACGCCGUCCUCGAGGGCGUUGAAGGCGAAACCGGAGUUGGACUGCUCAAGAAGAGCGAUGCCACGCAGAUACUGUUUGUCAGUCUGUCUGAAGAACUCAAAGCGUUGCUCCCGGCUUACAUGGUGCCGAAAUAUUUCAUCCCCAUGACCGAGAUGCCUUUCCAGGCUGCCUCAAUGAAGCUGAACCGUUCCAGACUUCGCCAGAUUGCGAACGAGCUGACCACCGAAGAGCUUCUCGCCUGCACCUUGGCAGAUGCAGCAAAGGUGGCGCCGGCCACCGAGAUGGAGAUCCAGAUGGCCGAGAUCUGGGCGCGUGUUCUGCAGAUGGAGCCGAGCCAGAUCGGGCGCGACGACAACUUCUUGACAAUUGGCGGUGACUCCCUGUCGGCGAUCCAAGUAUCGACUCUGGCACGAUUCUACGACAUUCAGGUCUCUGUGCAGGACAUCUUCCAAGACCCACGCCUAUCUGCCGUCGCUCUGGCUGCCGCUGCUGCGGACACGCAAGAACUGCCACUGGCGUCGUACACUGCAGAGCCCUUCAGCCUUGUCGACCCGGCGAUGUUGGCCAGUGUUCGCUCAACGGUCAAGAACACCUGCCACCUUCCCGAUGAGCCUGACUGUAUCCAGGACAUCUACCCUUGCACGCCCUUGCAAGAAGGUCUAAUGGCCUUAAGCGUCAAGCAACCGGGAUCCUACAUUGCCAAGAACGCCUUCGAGCUCGCUGGCACAGUUGAUUUGGCCCGGUUCAGGGCCGCCUGGGAACAUACCAUGCUAGCGUGCGAGAAUCUGCGCACUCGCAUCGUCCUCGACGGCGAGGCAUCGAUGCAGGUUGUAGUCAAAGAGGAUCCGCUCUGGGAGGUCACCGAGGAUGUCAGCGACUUGUCCGAGUUCCUGGCUAAAGCCAAAGGUGUGCAGAUGCAGUACGGCUCACGCUUGUGUCGCUACGCACUGCUGUCCACCUCGGCUGAUACGAGCUACUUUGUGCUCAUCAUUCAUCACGCAGUGUUUGAUGGGUGGAGUAUGGGUCUGGCUCUCGAGACAUUGCGCAGUCACUACCUGGAUACUGCAGUGCCGCCGCUCCAGCCAUACUCCAGCUUUGUCAAGUAUACGAUGGAGAUGGAUGAAUCUUCCAUGGAAGAUUACUGGCGAACCCAACUUGAGGGAGUGCAGAAGACCACGCUCCCAGACCUGAGGUUUCCCCAGCAGCAAGGCACCGGAAGCAGAGGCAGUCGUGUUCUGAGGUCGAGCAUUCCGUUCACGAGCACCAGCAACAGGAUGGCCGUCACAAAGGCCACGCUCCUGCGGUCUGCCUGGGCCCUGAUCCUGUCCAAGUACUGUGACAUGGAGGACGUCUGCUUCGGCACAACAGUGUCGGGCCGACAAGCUCCAGUCCAAGGGCUGGAAAUGUCGACGGGCCCAGCUGUCGCGACUGUGCCUGUACGUGUGCGUCUUGACAAGCAGCAGACGGUCGCUGCGUUCUUGGAGGGAGUGCAGAAGCAAGCAUCCCAGAUGGUGCCGUUUGAGCAGUACGGCUUGCGUCGUAUAGCACAAUUGGGCCCUGGCGCCCGGGACGCCUGUGACUUCUCUAGCCUGCUGAUCAUCCAGCCAGGUAAAGGCAAGGCGUCACCGGAACAGGAGCAGCUGUUGCUACAACCCGAUGCGGAAGCAUUCGGCGGAGAAGAGACGCUCGAGAAUUUCUUCAAUUACCCUCUUGUUCUUGAGGCUAGCACCAACGACGAUUCGAUCGACCUGGUGUUCACAUACGACUCCGCAGUGCUGUCGGAGCAGAGACUCGAUGCACUAUCCCAACACCUCCAGCACCUUGUCGCCCAGCUCCAGAACCUGGGAGACUCCCAGCUGGGAACUGUGUCCCUUGCUAGUGCCUGGGACUUUGAGCAGGCUCUGCGCUGGAACACGGCAGACACGGCGAUUGUUGACGAGUGCGUCCACGACAUCUUUGCUUCACAGGUUGCAAAGACGCCACAGAGCCAGGCUAUCCAUGCAUGGGACGGAACAAUGACAUAUGCCGAGCUCGACAUAGCAGCUGAUGCGCUUGCCGGGCAUCUCGUCAAGUCGGGCGUUGUUGCAGAGAUGUUGGUGCCUCUAUGCUUUGAGAAGUCUCUUUGGGCCGUUGUGGCCAUGCUGGCCGUCUUGAAAGCCGGUGGUGCAUUCGUCCCGCUCGACCCGUCUCACCCUGCUGCCAGGCGUCAACUUCUGAUUGAGGAGGCUGGUGCAAAGAUUGUUCUCGCUUCAGCCUCGCUGGCGGCGAGCUGUAAGGACAUGGCCGAGCACACGAUCGAAGUCUCCCCAUCGCAGCUAGCAUUGCUGGCUACCGAGCCGCACCCAGCCAAGGGUCGCGCCACGCCUCCGAAUCUCGCUUAUGCCAUCUUCACGUCUGGCUCCACUGCCAAGCCCAAGACGAUUCUCAUGGAUCAUGCUGCCCUGAGCACAAGCAUCAUCAAGAACGGCGCGACUCACGGGUUCUGUCAAGGUUCUCGGGUGCUACAGUACUCCAGCUUCGUCUUUGAUAUCAGUCUGGGUGAGAUCUUUGAAACGCUGGCGUGUGGAGGUACAGUCUGCAUCCCAUCCGAUACCCAGCGUGUCGGGGGAGGAAUCGCACGCUUCAUCAGCGACGCCAACGUCAAUGUCGCCAUGUUGACAUCAUCCUUCCUUGUUACGCUGAAUCCGGAAGACGUUCCCAGCAUCGAGUUCAUCCUGCUUGUUGGUGAGGCACCCACCAGCCGAGUCUUGCAGGCCUGGGUUAGUCGUCCUAGCGUAAAGGUCAUCAAUGCGUACGGCCCAGCCGAGGCAUGUGUAUACUGCGCCGUCCACACAUAUCACUCCAAGGGUGAAAAUCCAGCAAGCAUCGGCAAGCCUGUCUCUGGAAACUUCUGGGUCACGGAGAGGGACGAUCCAACUCGGCUGGCCCCUAUAGGGUGCAUCGGUGAGCUUGUCGUCCAGGGCCACGCGCUCGCACGCGGAUAUGCCAACAACCACGAAGGCACGGCCCGGGUCUUCCUCGAUUCCGUGGAGUGGAUGCCACAAUCGGCUAUGCGUGAGGGCGAGAAGUUCUACCGCACAGGCGACUUGGUCAGGUACAACUCUGAUGGAUCUCUCGAGUACCUUGGCCGCGGCGACACUCAGAUCAAGCUCCGUGGUCUUCGCAUAGAACUUGCCGCCAUUGAGGAUGGUAUGAAGCGCGCCCAUGACGCGGUUCAGCACGUCGCUGUGCAUAUCGUGACGGAUGGUGAAAGGGAGGCCUUGGCCGCUCUCGUCAAGUUUGAUCCAGAGGCUGAUGGUAGCUUGAGCGUGGUGGUUGAGGACACCAGCGGUCCCUUGGCGGCAAAGUUGACCAACGCUCAGCGCGUUGCAUUUACCAGCAUCGCCGACCAACUGCACGCCACCCUGCCUAAUUACAUGGUGCCGGCCUACUUCAUCCCUGUCCGCGAGAUGCCUUUCCAAACAUCCAUGAAGCUCGACCGCAAACAGCUCCGCCAGCUCACUCAAGACCUAACUUCUGACCAGCUGCUGGAAUACUCUCUGCUGGACUCCAACAAGGAAGAGCCAGCGACUGAGCUCGAGAGUACCCUGCAAUUAUUGUGGUCGCAGACGCUCAAGAUUGACAAGGCACAGAUCGGCCGCUAUGAUAGCUUCCUGCGCCUCGGCGGCGACUCCAUCAGCGCCAUCCAGAUGGUCACUGCAGCAGCUGCCAUUGGUCUUACUAUAACAGUGCACGACAUCUUCAGCGAUCCUCGCCUUUGUGCUGUCGCUUCCAAGGCAACCCGAGGACGGCAUGGGGAUUCUUUCGACAACGCACCUUUCAGUCUGCUGCCGGCAGACGAGGUGGAUGCUAUACAAGAGAGCAUAGUGGCGGACUGCAAGCUCAGUGGACCAGAAGACAUUGAGAAUGCAUAUCCCUGCACUGCGCUGCAGGCAGGUCUGCUGGCUCUCGCCAUGAAGCAGCCAGGCUCAUACGUGGCACGCCGUGUCUUCCAGCUGUCUGAUGACGUGGACUUGGACCAGUUCCGGGCCGCCUGGGAACGUGUCGUCGAGGCAUGCGAGAUACUCCGGACGCGCAUUAUUCUCCACGAGAGUGUUUCCAUCCAGUGCGUCAUCAGGGAGCGGCCCACCUGGAAAGAUGCUGUCGGGAUGGAGCUCCACGAUUUCACAGAAGAGACCAAGGCCGUGGAGAUGGUGUAUGGCAGCAGACUCGCUCGCUAUGCACUGGUUUCUGACCAGGAGGGCAAGUCGUACUUUAUCCUGGUGAUGCACCACGCAGUCUUUGAUGCUUGGUCCAUGGGCCUUGUGCUCGAUAGUCUGUACAAGUCAUACAGCGAUAACUCCAUGCCCGCACUCGAGCCUUACUCGAAGUUCGUGCACCACACCAGUACCCAGAUUGCGAACGACGCAGCCGUCGAAUACUGGACCGAGGAGCUCUCUGGGUCCUCAACAGCCGCGUUUCCCCGUACAAGCCCUGCCACUGUCGCGGAGGUCCAGCGGAAGCCGGAUCCCAGGAUCCUGGAGGCCAGCUUAGCGUAUCCCAAGCAACACGACACCUCCAUCACCAAAGCUACCCUUCUCCGUGCUGCAUGGGGAUUGGUGCUAGCCAGGUACUGUGAUACAAACGACAUUUGCUUCGCCGCCACUGUCUCUGGACGGCAAGCGCCAGUCGAAGGCAUUCACCAGAUGGCGGGUCCCACCCUUGCUACAGUUCCUGUGCGCUUCCAGCUUGCAGAGAGGAAGCAGCAGCCGAUUGCAAGUUUCUUGCAGUCUGUGCAGAGCCAGGCGUCCAAGAUGGUCUCGUAUGAACAAUUUGGCCUUCAAAACAUUGCAAAGUUGAGCGCUGAUUGCGCCUCGGCCUGCGAUUUCUCAAGCUUGUUGAUCAUCCAGCCUGGGCAGUCUGCGAGCCAGCAAGACGGCGACCUCGCGGGGGGCAAGCAGUUGCUUCUGGCACCAGAUGCCGAGCUGCUUGGCACGGAUGAGGCGUUGGAUGGCUACUUCAGCUACCCACUUGUCCUAACUGCCUCUGUGUUCCCUGGUCGUGCCGAGCUUCUGUACAGUUAUGAUGCGUCUCUCCUGACGCCCGAACAACUGCUCGGGAUGACGCGCCACCUCGAGAAUGUCGUUAGCCAACUGGUCCAGCUGGGCAACGCACCACUGGAGACUCUGUCCAUUGCCGGAGCAUGGGAUCUCGAGCAAGCUCAGCGCUGGAACGCCGCCGACAUCAGUCUCGAGGAUUACUGCGUCCACGAUCUCAUCUCGGAGAUGGCUAGCAAGGCCCCUGAACAGGAGGCGAUUCACUCUUGGGAUGGAUCUAUGACCUAUGCUGACCUCGAGCACAAUGCCUCGAUCCUCGCAGCAUACCUGACCGACCUGGGAGUAGCUACCGAGAUGAUUGUUCCGGUCUGCUUUGAGAAAUCAAUCUGGGCCAUCGUUGCCAUGCUUGGCAUACUCAAGGCGAGUGCUGCUUUUGUUCCGCUAGAUCCGACUUACCCUGCCAAACGGCGUGAUCUGCUCAUCCGCGAAUCCGGCACCCGUGUCGUGCUUACUUCAACAUCCAUGGCAUCAAUAUGCGAUGACCUUGACGGCGUGUCGACAAUCGAGAUAUCUGCAGAUAGCAUAGUCCGCAUAUCCAACGUGACCAAGAACGCCACGAAGGGGGAACAGCAGACUUCUUCUGGAACGCAAUCUCCACGAUGCACUCCAAGCAACGCGGCCUACGCCAUUUUCACCUCCGGAUCGACAGGAAAACCCAAGACUAUUCUCAUGGAGCACAAGGCUCUGUGCACCUCAGUGAUCAAGAAUGGCCGUGACCACCGCUUCGGUUCUCAGUCGCGGGUCUUGCAGUACUCCAACUUCAUCUUCGACAUCAGCCUCGGGGAGAUCUUUGAGACCCUAGUAUACGGAGGCACUAUUUGUAUCCCUUCAGAAGAGGCCCGCCUGCAAGGGCUGGCCGAUUUCAUGGAGUCGAGCAGAGUCAACACGGCCAUGCUCACGGCGUCGUUCCUCGUCACCCUGAACCCAAGCGAGGUGCCCUCACUGAAGAAGCUGCUGUUGGUCGGCGAGGCCCCAACGCGGGAAGUCGUUCAAACGUGGACGGGAAGUCAUGCUGAGCUGAUCAAUGCGUACGGCCCGGCCGAGGCCUGCAUCUACUGCGGAACGCAUACCUACCGCUCGCCCGACGAGAUGGCAACCAACAUCGGCAAGGGGCUGACGACCAACUUCUGGGUCGUGGAUUCGGACAACUACGAGCGCCUGGCGCCCAUAGGCUGCGUUGGAGAGCUUCUGCUGGAAGGCCAUGCUCUAGCUCGCGGGUACGCGAACGACGAGGAACUCACUGCCAGGGCGUUUCUGAGCAGCGUGCCGUGGUUGUCACGAGCCAACCAGGGCGAGACAGCGGGCGACGCAACUCCGUUUUAUAAGACUGGCGACUUGGUCCGAUACAACACCGACGGCAGCCUUGAGUACUUGGGUCGCAAGGACACACAACUCAAGCUCAGAGGCCAGCGUGUUGAACUCGGCGCCAUCGAGCACAGCAUCAAGACCACCGUGUCCGCGCUUACAGUUGAACACGUAGGCGUCGACGUGCUGAAGGAUGGAUCACGCGAGUGGCUGGUUGCACUGGUCAAGCUUGGUGGUGAAGAGAGCUCUGUCAAUGACAACGAGGACGCAGAUGCGCCUAUUCCCCUGAGUUCCGCCACCCGCAACUCCUUUGCUGCCCUGGCGGAGGAGCUUCGUGCUCACCUCCCGUCGUACAUGAUCCCCAAUGUCUUCAUCCCGCUUCGCCGAAUGCCCUUCCAGAGCUCCAUGAAGCUCAACAGGUCCCGGCUGCGGCAGAUCGUAGCUGCCCUGGGCCCGGAGAAGCUCAUCGAGUACUCCCUAGCAAGCGGCGAGAAAGCCGCACCGGUCACACCCGUCGAAGUACAGCUACAACAGGUCUGGGCGCACGUCCUGGGUGUGGAGCCGACGACGAUCGGUCGGCACGAUAGCUUCCUCCAGAUUGGUGGCGAUUCUAUCCGCGCGAUCCAGAUGGUCACCGCGGCGCGUCUGCUAGCUAGUCUUUCUCUCACCGUCCACGACGUGUUCCUCGAUCCCCGUCUCUCGGCAGUCGCACUCAAGGCCGUGGACAGCAGCGUCGACAGUAGUCACGGUACAGACAGAGUUCCGUCGGCGCCAUUCUCGCUUCUCCCCGCGGAGCACGUCGAGGGUAUCAAGACUGCGGCGGUGGAAGACUGUCACCUGGCCUCGGAGCAGCAAAUCGAAGAUGCCUAUCCUUGCAUCCCGCUGCAGGAAGGCCUGAUGGCGCUUGCGGUCAAAGACCCUGGCACAUACGUCGCCAAGCAGGUGUAUCGCUUGGGUCGUGGCAUCGACAUAGAGACGUUCAAAGACGCCUGGAAUCGCACACUUGACGCAUGUGGUAUCCUACGGACACGCAUCAUCCUCCACCAGGAGUCUACCAUGUCGCUCCAAGUUGUGGUCCGAGAAGAACAGGCACUCUGGGAGACGACCGACGGUCUCAGCCUGCAGCAGGCGCUCGAGGCCGCAGAUACUAUGCAGAUGCAGUACGGCUCGCGGCUAUGCCGGUAUUCCCUUGUCCACGAGGCUGAUGGGACCGCUUACUUCGUCGUUGUGAUCCACCACGCUAUCUUUGACGGAUGGAGCAUGGGACUCAUUCUCAAGACGUUGACAGAGAUAUAUGGAGGGGCUGAGACCCCUGCCCUUGAGCCAUAUUCCGGCUUUGUCGAGUAUACGGCCAAUCUCGACCAGGAAGAAGCCGCGCAAUACUGGAGAGGGCAGCUGGAAGGAGCCCAGCAAGAAUCCUUCUUGCGAACUUCGUCGGGCUCAGCGGAUGAUGACAAGCCCACCUCCAAGGUCGCACAGAUGACCAUUGCCUUCCCAUGGCGGGGCGAGGGCACGUCGAUCACCAAAGCCACCGCCUUGCGCGCUGCCUGGGCUCUCGUGCUCGCCCGGUACAGCGACACUGAGGAUAUCUGCUUCGGCACUACGGUAAGCGGUCGCCAGGCGCCUGUCUCUGGCCUGGAUAUCAUGGUCGGACCCGCUGUCGCGACUGUGCCGGUCCGCAUCCAGAUAGAGCGGGAGCAGUCUGUUGCCAGCUUUUUGGACCGGGUACAAGCUCACGCGUCUGAGAUGGUGGCAUACGAGCAAUAUGGUUUGCGUAACAUUUCCAAGCUUGGCGACGAUGCAAAGAAAGCCUGCGACUUUUCUUCCCUUAUGAUGGUUCAGCCCGGAUCUGCUAAGGCCACAUCUGCUGAGUCUGGUCAGGAAAAAGAACAGUUGCUUCUCCCGGUGGAUCAGGAAGCUUAUGAUGCCACACAGACGCUCGAGGGCUACUUCAAUUAUCCCUUAGUCGUCGAAGCUGUCACGGGAGACGACACUGUCGACCUCGUUAUUAGCUACAACACGGCACUUGUCCCAGACGCUAAAGUGGAGGCUCUAGUCCGUCACCUCGAACACGUCGCCCUCCAGCUGGCUACUCGUGCUGAGGCGGCAUUGCACGACAUCUCCCUUGCAGGACCUUGGGACCUCGCCCAGGCUGUUCACUGGAACACCGCAGACGCCAGCCCUGUUCGGGCUUGCAUACAUGACCUGGUCGCCGAGCGGGCAGCCAAGGUCGCCGGCAACCACGAAGCGAUACAUGCGUGGGAUGGAGUGAUUACUUAUUCCCAGCUCGGAGAGAUGUCAGAUGCCGUCGCCGCUCAUCUUGCUACCUGCGGUGUUGGCCCAGAGACUAUCGUACCUGUCUGCUUCGAGAAGUCGGUCUGGGCUGUGGUAACCAUGAUAGGCAUUCUCAAGGCUGGCGGAGCCUUCACGCCGCUAGAUCCAUCUCAUCCCAAGGCUCGAUGGCAGACCGUGAUCCGCGAGACUGGCGCUCGUCUGAUGGUCACGUCCACGGCCAUGGCGCCCAACUGCGAGAACCUGACAGACGUCGUCGUUAGACUGUCAGGUCCCGAGGUGGCUCAACUCUGUCAAAAGUACUCGAGCGGGCCGAAGCUCAUGAGCAGGGCUACGUCUUCCAACGUUGCCUAUGUCAUCUUUACAUCCGGGUCCACGGGCAAGCCGAAGACGAUUGUGGUCGAACACGCCGCCCUGUGUACUAGUUUGGUCGGCCGCGGAAGAGCCUACCACUUUACUGAAGAAUCCCGCGUCCUGCAGUUCUCGAGCUUUGUCUUCGACGUCAGCUUGAGUGAGAUUUUCGAGACCUUGAUCUUUGGCGGCACUGUUUGCAUUCCCGCCGAGGCGCAACGCCUGCACAACAUCCAAGGCUACAUCCAGGACGCAGCCGUUAAUACCGCGUUACUCACUUCCACUUUUCUGCGGACGAUCGAACCCGCCAGUGUUCCCUCACUCAAGUUGCUCAUUCUGGUCGGCGAGGCUCCUACCAAGGAAAUCCUCGACACGUGGAUGGGUUCCGUAACGCUGGCGAAUGCCUACGGCCCCUCCGAAAUCAGCGUGUUCUGCAACUCACACGUAUACAAGUCGCACAAUGAACCACCGACCACCGUGGGUCGCGGUUUCGGAAGCGCCUGCUGGAUCGUCGAUCCGGGCAAUCACUCCGCUCUGGCGCCCAUAGGCUGCACGGGAGAACUCAUGGUGCAGAGGGAGAUGGCGCGGGGGUAUCUCAACGACGUCGCGGCCACAGACGCUGCGUUUAUCCGCGCCGUCGACUGGCUGCCCAAGGAACUCGUGCAGCCUGGCGAUACACGCAAGUUCUACAAGACCGGCGACGUGGUGCGGUACAACUGGGAUGGCACUAUCGAGUAUCUUGGCCGACGCGACACGCAGGUCAAAGUGCGUGGCCAUCGUGUCGAGCUUGGUGAAAUCGAAUACGCUCUCAAGGCUUGCAUCCCCGGCAUCACGCAUGCGGCUGUCGAUCUCGUGCGGCAAGAGUCACGCGAGUAUCUGGUUGCUUUCUUCGAUCAGCCUGCUUCUGUAGACGAGGACGAGUCAUCGGACGGGCUGCUACCCAUGGACCGGACCCUCAAAGGGCUUGUUGUGGCCGGACUGAGCGAGAUGCGCCGCCUGCUGCCCUCUUAUAUGCUUCCACGCAUAUUCCUGCCAGUUCGAAAAAUGCCUCUCCUGACGUCCUUGAAGCUGAACCGGGCUGAGCUGCGCCGCAUGGGCAACGCCUUAAGUGAGGACGAACUCGUUGCGUACUCGACAGCUAGCAACGAGAACAAGGUCGCUCCGGCUACGGAGACCGAAUUUGCUGUCCGUGAGGUCUGGGCCGAGGUGUUGCGGAUGGACCCAGAGAUGAUCGGACGACAUGAUAGCUUCCUCGAGCUGGGUGGCGACUCCAUCACUGCCAUCCACACCGUCACGCUCGCCCGCCGGCGUGGCCUCGUGCUGACCGUGCCUGAUAUCUUCAGCGACCCCAGGCUGCUGGCGGUCGCUUCAUGCGCCAGUGUAGAUCCCUCGCUCCUCGCCACAGAAGGGGGACCUACCGAUGCUGAUACAUCACUGUUACCGAUUUCCCAGCCCUUCCGCCUUCUCGCCGCGGACCAGCUUGACGACAUCCGUUCUGUGGUGGUCGAGACCUGCUGCCUUGAGAGCAGCGAGCAGAUAGAGGACAUCUUUCCCUGUACGCCUCUGCAGGAAGGCCUGCUGGCAUUGUCGGUGCGACAGUCGGGCUCCUACGUAGCCAAGAAUGUGUACCGACUGGCCGACACGGUCGACCUGGAUCGCUUCCGCGAGGCGUGGGAGGGCACCCUCAUCGCCUGCAGCAACCUGCGCACGCGUAUCGCCCUCCACGACCAUGUCUCACUCCAGGCAAUCGUCCGCGAGGCGCCCAGCUGGGAGGUCGGCCCGACCGUGGCUGCCAUUGUGGAAGCUACCACACAAGAGACUAUGCAGUACGGGUCAAGCCUGUGCCGAUAUGGCAUCUCCACUGACAACGAGACCGGGGCACGGUACUUUGUGCUGGUCAUGCACCAUGCCAUCUUUGACGGCUGGAGCAUGAGCAUCGUGCUGCACACGCUGUCGACGCUGUACGGCGGCGGGCUUACCCCUGAGAUCCAGCCGUACUCAGGCUUUGUCGAGUAUGCGGCAAAGCUAGACCUCCAUGACGCGCGAGACUACUGGCAGAGCCAGCUGCAGGGCGCCCAAAGAGCAGCUUUCCCACGUAUCGGAGGCACUCGACCUUCGGAGGGUAAUUCGCCCAAGAAAACUGGUGUGUUGAAUACCACAAUGGCUCUGCCAGCCAUGCAGCAAGGUGCUUCCGUUACUAGGGCGACUGUUCUGCGAGCGGCAUGGGCCAUGGUGCUCGCUCGCUACAGCGAUACCCAAGAUGUCUGUUUCGGCACCACCGUGUCCGGUCGCCAGGCUCCUGUCACCGGCGUCGACAUGAUGGCUGGUCCGGCCGUCGCUACCGUGCCCAUCCGCAUCCAACUCGACAGCCGGCAGCAGGACGUGUCGGAUUUCCUGCGCACGGUUCAGAAGCAGAGUUCCGACAUGGUUGCCUACGAACAGUUCGGCCUGCAAAACAUUGCCAAGCUGAGCGCGGAUGCGCGUGACGCGUGUGACUUUGGCAGCUUGUUCGUCGUCCAGCCUGCCCGGCUCAUGGGCUCAUUGACGGGUUCGGCUGAUCUGCUGGUGGCGGGCGGGCACGAUGGUUUCGAUGCUGAGGAGACGUUCGCUGGAUAUUUUAAUUACCCUCUGGUCGUCCAAGUCAUCCUUCAUGAGAGCCACAUGGACAUCAUGUUCACAUAUGACACAAGUGCUGUGUCGGAGACACGCCUGAAAGCCAUGUCUCAACACCUUGGUCAUGUCGUCAGCCAGCUCAUUACCAGAUUCGACUCUCCGCUCCACGACAUCUCCAUCGCUGGACCCUGGGAUCUAGAGGUUGCCACUGCCCGCAAUGGCCAGGCCCCGCCAGUCAUCAACAAGUGUUUCCACCAUUUGUUCGAGACCCAAGCCCAACAGCAGCCAGAAGCCCCAGCCAUCCGGGCCUGGGACCGCAACUUCACCUACGGCCAGCUCAAUGCCGCGUCCAACCGCUUGGCACGCCAUCUGGUAUCCCGUGGCGUCUCUGUGGGUGACCUCGUGCACGUCUGCUUCGAGAAGUCGGCGUGUUUCUUCGUCUCCAUCCUUGCUAUCAACAAGGCCGGUGCCGCCUGGGUGCCUUUGGAGCCGAGCCAUCCCAUCCAAAGGCAGCGUCAGGUUGUCGAACAAACUGAAGCCAGGUUCUGCCUGGCGUCAGCCACGCAGACUGCUCGCUGUGUCGAGCUCGUGGAUGAGGUUAUCACGGUCACAGAUGCCCUCGACCAGCAGUUGCAAGCCGCCAAGACCAGCGAUGCAAACCUCGCCAGCGCCGUCACCCCCGAGCAUCCAGUCUAUGUUCUCUUCACCUCGGGAAGCACGGGAACGCCAAAGGGCUUGGUGAUGCAGCACCGGGCACUGUGCACUAGUCAGACUGCCCUCAUCCAGAGAUUGGGAAUGACCUCUGACGUCCGCAUGCUCCAAUUCGCAUCCUAUGUCUUCGACAUGUGUGUCGGAGAAACGGUACCCACACUGAUGACCGGUGGACAGCUCUGCGUGCCAGCCGAAGAGACCAGGCUUAACGGCCUGGCCGAGUUUAUGCGAGCUAAUAAGGUCACUUGGAGCUGGUUCACCCCUGCGUUUGCGAAGACCUUGAUACCGGAAGAGCUACCAGAUCUGCAACUCAUCUUCCUCGCAGGUGAAGCCGUCGGGCAGGACCUGUUUGACCUCUGGUUCGGCAAGGUCCGCCUCAUCAACGGCUGGGGUCCUGCCGAGACGUGCGUGGUCAGCACAAUGCACGAGUGGCAGUCCGCGGACGAAGCGCCGCUGACAGUCGGUUCCGCCGUCGGUGGCUACUGCUGGAUCGUCGAGCCCGAUGAUCAUACCCACCUGGCGCCAAUCGGCUGCGUGGGCGAGGUGGUCAUCCAGAGCCCGACAAUCCUCAAGGAAUACCUCGCCAACCGGGCUGCUACUAAUGCGGCAGUCGUGCUGGACCUGCCAGGCUGGGCACCGCGCCGCACAGAGGCCCACUGGGACCGGUUCUUCAAGUCUGGUGAUCUCUGCUGCUUCAAUGACUCUGGCACGAUGGACUUUGUGAGCCGCAAGGACACUCAGGUCAAAAUCAGAGGUCUGCGCGUCGAGCUGAGCGAAGUAGAGCACCAUCUCAAACAGGCUACCGCCGGAUUCGUACAGCAGGUUGUUGUCGAUGUGUUGCGCGGGGACUCGUUAUCGUCGUCGUCGUCCUCCUCCUCCUCCUCUUCCUCAGCUGUGCUCGUUGCGUUUGUGUGCCUGACAGACGAGACGCACAUUUCUGCUGGGGAGACGAGCCACACCGACAUGUUCCUCCCGCUGACUGGCGAGCUCAAGGGCCAAAUGGUUGCUGCUUCGGGUCGUCUGGGUGUUGUGCUGCCCAGCUACAUGGUGCCCGCAAUGUUCAUCGUCUGCAAGUACAUGCCAUUCAUAGGCUCGACAAAGCUCGAUAGAGGCGGUCUGCGGAAAGCCGCCCUCGCUAUGGACCGAGCCACACUUGCCACCUACUCCCUGGCAGACGCCGAGAAGCGGCCCGCGGAAACCCCCAUGGAGCACGAGCUCCAGAAGAUCUGGGCCGCAGUGCUCCAGCUCCCCAUCGACAAUAUCGGAAGGGACGACAGCUUCAUGCGCCUGGGUGGAGACUCCAUCAGUGCGAUUCAAGUGGUGACCGUCGCGCGAAGCCUCGGCCUCAGCCUCGCCGUGUCUGACAUCUUCAGGGACCCGCGGCUAUGCGCCGUUGCUGCUUGUCUCGUCACGGAGGACUCCGAGGUAUAUCUGGCACAACCCUUUGAGUUGCUGUCCGAGGAGGCACAAGCGGACCUUGACAACCUCAAAAAGACCGUGGCAGAGGCAUGCGGUGGGGUUUCCCCUGGGCAGAUCGAGGACGUGUAUCCCUGCACUGCUCUGCAGGAGGGACUCAUGGCCCUCGCUGUGAAGCAGCCCGGCUCCUAUGUGGCACGUCAGGUCUAUCGCCUCGCGCCUGGUAUAGAUGUUGCUGCUUUCCAGGUCGCGUGGGAGCGAACUCUUGAAGCCUGUCCGAACCUGAGGACGCGGAUUGUGCACCACUCAGGGUCUUCGCUGCAAGCCAUCGUUCAGGAACCUGCAGCUUGGGAGCCUGCCACAGCGAUGGACACGUUGGAUGACUUCCUCGUGGCCCACAACGCCAUGGAGAUGCAAUACGGGACCAGGCUCUGCCGAUACGCUCUCAUCUCAGAGUCCUCGACUGGAGACUCCUUCCUGGUCCUGAUCAUGCACCACACCAUUUUCGACGGAUGGAGCUUGGGGCUCGUCUUGGAGACUCUCCAGGCUCACUACGAGAAUAAUGUUGCAGUCCCUGUGCUUGAGCCGUACACUGGGUUCAUCAAGCAUGUCUCAACCAUAGACCGGAACUCCGCAGAGGAGUUCUGGACAGCACAGCUCCAAGGUGCGCAGCGCGCAGACUUCCCAAGCCGCGACACAAGCAGACGUGCCAAGGACAGCGGGUCAACCACCAAGAUCUUUGAGAAGACUGUAGAGCUCGGCUCUACCAUGGACGACACAUCCAUCACCAAAGCGACCAUUGUCCGUGCCGCUUGGGGUCUGCUGCUGGCUUGCUACUGCAACACUGACGACAUCUGCUUUGGCACGACCGUCUCCGGCCGACAGGCGGCGGUACCUGGCGUGGACCGCAUGGCUGGACCAGCAGUUGCCACGAUUCCCGUUAGAAUGCCCAUCCCGCGUCAGCAGCGGGUUGCCGAUUUUCUUCGCGAUGUCCAGACACGGGCUGCCGAGACGGUGGCGUACGAACAGUUUGGUCUGCAGAAUAUUGGCAAGCUCAGCGCGGACGCUCGAACUGCGUGCGACUUCGAGAGUCUGAUGAUUAUCCAGCCUGGGCAGACCAUCAUGAGUGGCGCGUCUGAGCGGCCCGAGUUCCUGCUGCCAGUGGAUCACACCGCGCUCGACUCGGCCAAGGGACAGAGCCGGUAUUUUAGCUACCCGCUUGUGCUUCAGGCCGUUACCCACCAUGACAGGGUUGACUUCGUUUUCACAUAUGACGACGGCGUCUUUUCCCAGGAGCGUCUUGAGGCCAUGAGUGCACAUCUGGAGCAUCUCAUCGAGCAACUGACCUCGCAACAGUCGAGUCUGCUAGAGAGUGUCACGGUUGCGGGCCCGUGGGAUCUCGACCAGGCAAUGAGAUGGAGCAGCAGCACGGAUACAGCCAUCGUAGACAAGUGCGUGCACGACAUUGUGGCGGCACGUAUCGCGAAGACUCCAGAUCACGAGGCUAUCCACGCCUGGGAUGGCUCGUUCUCGUAUGCCGAACUCGACCAACACUCAUCCCUUCUCGCCUCGCACCUCGUCCAUCUCGGCGUCGGUCCAGAUGUGAUGGUGCCGAUUUGCUUCGAAAAGUCGAAGUGGGCGAUUGUUGCCAUGCUCGGUGUCAUGAAAGCCGGUGGCGCUUUUGUCCCGCUUGAUCCCACCCACGCAGACAGCCGUCGACAGAUGCUUGUGCAACAAAUCAAGGCGCCUCUAAUCGUUUCGUCCUCUGCGGAGGUGGCCUCGUGUGAGGGCAUGUGUCCACAAAUAGUUGAGCUGUCAGAACGUGCCAUCGAGAUCAUGCGUGCUGCCAACCACAAGCUUACCCGCAAAUCGCUCGUGGCUCCUUCCAAUGCCGCCUACGCCAUCUUCACAUCGGGUACUACCGGCAACUCCAAGACCAUCACAGUCGCGCACUCGGCCAUCUCAACCAGCACCAUGGCUCAGAGUCGGGCAUUCUUCAUGGACAACAACUCCCGAGUCCUUCAGUUCUCCAAUUUUGUCUUUGACGUGUCCCUGGCCGAAAUCCUGACAACUCUAGCCGUGGGCGGCACGAUUUGCAUCCCUAGCGAUGCAGGUCGUCUGCAGGUGACCGAGUUCAUCAACCAGAGCCGGACAAAUACCGCGUUCCUGACCCCAUCCUUCGCCAGCACUCUGAGCCCCCAGGAAGUUCCCUUGCUGCAGACGCUGAUUGUGGGAGGCGAGGCACCGAACCAGCACACUCUUGAUCUCUGGCAUGGCAAGGUACGCCACCUGAUCAACGGCUACGGCCCAGCCGAGGCUUGCGUGUAUGCCGCCACCCAUAAAUAUUCCUCAGCGAUGGACAACCCUACCACAAUUGGCAGGGGUCUCAGCGGACGUCUAUGGGUUGUCGAUCCCGAGAAUGGCCAAUAUCUCACCCCGAUCGGCUGUACCGGUGAGCUGGUCGUGCAAGCCCACUCUCUCGCACGUGGCUACGCGAACGACGAGGCCACUACUGCCAAGGCCUUCCUGAGCAACGUGAAAUGGCUGCCGGCCAGUGCCACGGUGCCUGGGCAAAGAUUCUACAAGACAGGUGACUUAGUCCACUAUGCUGCAGAUGGCAACCUGGUUUACCUCGGCAGAAAGGACACGCAAGUCAAGCUCCGCGGCCAGCGAGUCGAGCUUGGUGCCAUUGAGGACGGCAUCAAAAAUGCUUGGUCCGAGGUCGAACAUGUCGCUGUCGAUCUGGUUAAGCAUGAGUCGCGCGAGUUCCUGGUUGCUCUUUUCAAGUUGCAAGAUCGAGCAGACGGUACCGCCUACGACCUGGAGUCUGUCGACACUGCCCACAAUCAGGACCUGGCUGAUCGCGCACAGGACAUGCUUCCCAUGAGCUCGUCGUUGCGUGAGAAACUGGCCAUCUUGACGCAAGACCUGGCCAGUCGUCUGCCAGCAUACAUGGUGCCGACUUUCUUCAUACCACUCCGCGAGAUGCCCUUCCAGCACAGCUCUAUGAAGCUCAACAGAUCUGAGCUCCGCCGCACGGCCAAUAGUCUCACAUACCGCCAAUUGGCAAGCUACUCCCUGACCUCUGGGGACAAGGUUGCGCCCACUAGUGAGGCCGAGGUUGUGAUGCGGGAUCUCUGGGCCGCGAUCCUGAAGCUCGACCCGGAGCAGAUCGGACGCUAUGACAACUUCCUCCAGCUUGGCGGCGACUCGAUCACCGCCAUCUCGCUGGUCACCGUAGCCAGGGAAGCAGGCAUUAAGCUAUCGGUGCAAGACAUGUUUGCGGAUCUUCGCCUCUGCGCGGUUGCCGAGAAAGCCGUUUUCGAGGGUAAAGGGGUGGUUGACUCGUACAAAGUGGCACCAUUUGGCUUGGUGCCUGAACUCGUCCGUGACGGCCUUCUCGACACGAUAACCGACGUCUGUGGCCUCCAGAGCACCGACUCAAUUGAGGACGCGUACCCAUGCACGGCGUUCCAGGAGGGUGCGAUGGCACUUUCCAUGAAGCAGCCUGGCUCGUACAUCGCAAAGCAUGUCUACCGCCUCGCAAGAGAUGUUGACGUGGACCGCUUCAAGUCCGCCUGGGCACAGACUCUGCAAAUGACGGACGCACUGCGUACACGCAUUGUGCUCCACGGCGACGCAUCCAUCCAGACCGUUAUCAAGGAGCCUCCAGUCUGGGACUCUCUGGAAGAUGACGGCGAGAUCACUUCUAUUCUCGAGGGUACGAACAAGGUCGAGAUGAGUUAUGGCUCGCGCCUGUGCCGUUAUGCCCUUCUCCCAGCCACGGCCGAAGGUGGUUGUCUCUACUUUGUGCUCAUCAUGCACCACGCCGUUUUCGAUGGGCUGAGCGCAGGUCUGGUGCUUGACACCCUUUCCCGGCUGUACGACGGCAAGGCCAUACUGCCACUGGAGCCCUACUCUGGAUUUGCAAGCUAUCUCGACCGCAUUGAGCAGGAUAAGUCAAUCGAGUACUGGGCUGCGCAGCUCGAUGGUGCUCGUGCUGCUUCGUUCCCACAGGAUGACAGCAAGAGUAGCACGCCCGUCACCAAAGUUCUAGACAGGACAAUCUCUUUUCCCCAGAGCCAGCAGGGCGUCUCGUCAUCAUUCACCAAGGCCACCGUGCUUAGAGCUGCCUGGGCUUUGGUCCUCGCCCGCUACGAGGACGAUAGUGACGAUGUCUGCUUCGGCACUACCAUCUCGGGUCGCCAGGCACCUGUUGCUGGUCUCGAGCGCAUGGCGGGACCGACCGUUGCGACUGUGCCGGUCAGAAUCCGUCUGGACAGAGACAACACGGUUGCCGCCCUGUUGCAAGCAGUGCAGACCCAGGCUUCCGAGAUGAUUCCCUUUGAGCAGUUUGGUCUGCAGAACAUUGCCAAGAUCAGCUCUGAAGCGAAAGAGGCAUGCGAAUUCGGCAGUCUGCUGGUCGUGCAACCCACCCGACCAGCCCUGCUUGUGCCCACCACGACGCAGAAACAGGAGCAAGAGCAGGAGCCGCUCCUUCAGGCCGCGAUCGAGGACGUGAGCAGUGUCGAGGCCUCUCUAGACGGCUACUUCACUCACCCGUUGGUCCUGCAAGCGGUCCCCGUCGGCGACCACGUGGAGCUCAUGUUUACCUAUCACGCCAACGUGGUCUCGAGUUCUCAGCUGGAAGCGCUGGCACAUCACCUUGAGCGCGCCAUUGAGCAGCUUGUCUCCAGCCCCGAGAUGUCAUUAUCUGCCCUGUCGCUCACCGGCACGUGGGAUGAGCAGCAAGCCAACUCUUUCCGCGGAGAAACCCCCGACACUAUCGAGUCUCGUGUGCACACCCUCAUGGAGCAGCAGGUCCGCCGGACUCCGGAUGCCAUCGCCGUUCACGCCUGGGACGCAGAGUUCAGCUACAACCAUCUGAACGCCAUGGCAGACCAGCUCGCUUACAAGCUGGUCAUUGAGUUGGCGGUGCAGCCCGGAGAUCUUGUCCACGUGUGCUUUGAAAAGUCUGCCUGGUUCUUCGUCGCCAUGCUCGCGAUCAACAAGGCCGGUGCCGCCUGGGUCCCGCUUGACCCGGGGCAUCCUAAGCAGCGGCACAGGCAGGUUAUUGCCCAGACCAAAGCCACGCUACUUUUGGCAUCAGUCUCCCAGACCGAGAAAUUCACCGACUUGGUCGCGAAUAUCGUUGUAGUCGACCACGAGACAAUGGCGAUACUCUCUGCCGACCCAGCCUCGUUGGUCUCGACCUUGGCCAGCGUCAUGGUCACGCCAGAACACCCGGCCUACGUCCUGUUCACCUCGGGUAGUACUGGCGUGCCCAAGGGUCUGGUGAUGCAGCACCGAGCCGUCUGUACCAGCCAGGUCGCCAUUGCAAAGCGGCUUGGGCUGCAUGCCGGUGUCAAGAUGCUGCAGUUCUCGGCCUUUGUGUUUGAUGUCUGUAUUGGCGAGAUUGUCGGCUCGCUCAUCACUGGCGCGCAGUUGUGUGUCCCGGCCGAGGCAACCAGACUCGACGGCAUCGAAGAGUUUAUUCGAAGUACAGGUGUCACUUGGGCUUACCUGACGCCUGCCUUUGCCCGCACGCUGCGACCACACGAGAUCCCCGGGCUCGAGCUACUCCUAUUGUGUGGUGAACUGGUAGGCCAGGACGUCUUCGAGAUUUGGCACAACAGCCACCCUCGAUUCAUUCUGGGAUGGGGCCCGGCAGAGACUUGCGUCAUCAGCACCAUCCACGAGUGCCAAAAAGGCGCCGAAGAGUCGCCUCUGACCAUUGGUAGACCCGUCGGCGCCUACUGCUGGGUCGUCGAUCCUGAAGACCCCCAACAGCUUGCUCCGUUCGGUUGCGUGGGAGAGGUCGUCGUCCAAGGACCGCCUGUCCUGCGCGAAUACCUCGACGACCCGGUCAAGACGAGCGCCGCCAUGGUGACGGAAGUGCCAGCCUGGGCUCCCCGCAACGACAGCCAGCCAUGCUGGAACCGACUCUUCCGCACCGGAGACCUGGGCGCGUUCAACCCCGACGGCUCCUUGAGAUUCGUCGCGCGCAAGGACGCCCAGGUUAAGAUCCGUGGCCUUCGCAUCGAGCUUCACGAGGUGGAGCACCACCUGGGCGAGGCGCUUCGCCCGCAUGGAGUGGAACGUGUCGCGGUCGAUGUGCUCCGGGACGGCUCGGGCGCGAACCUGGUGGCCUUCUUCUGUGCCGACGACACAUCUCGAGUGACAAAGGGCGCUGGUCCACACAACCCAGACGAUGUGUUCCUCCCCAUGACGCCGGAAAGCACCGACAUGGUCCUCGACGCCAUGAGCAAGCUGAAUCUCGCCUUGCCCUCGUACAUGGUCCCCAGCCUGUUCGUCCCAUGUCGCUACAUGCUGUUCAGCGGCUCGGCCAAACUCGACAGGAAGGCGCUCACGCAGACCCUUGCAGCUCUGGGCCCUGAGCAGAUCGCAAAACAAUAUGCCCUCGUGAGUGCCGAGAAGCUUCCCAUGGAGACAGACACGGAACGACAGUUGCAAGCCAUCUGGGCAGCUUUGCUCCGGAUCCCGACCGAGUCGAUCGGCCGUGACGACAACUUCCUGCGCCUGGGCGGUGACUCGAUCACGGCGAUCCACAUGGUGACGGCAGCCUACAACGCCGGCCUCAGCCUGACAGUCCACGACAUAUUCAAGGACCCACGUCUGUCCGCUGUCGCCAGCAGCGCUGUCUCUGGCGGUGCUUACGAGGAAGCGCUCGUGGUCGAGCCAUUUGAUCUCAUCAGGGCAGCAGGGCUCGAGGUGGACGAGGUCCUAAACUCCGUCUCGAGUGCAUGCUCGCUGGUGGACGGCACCGAUGAGGUGGAGGACAUCUACCCAUGCACUGCCCUCCAGGAGGGACUGCUUGCCCUGGCUGUCAAGGAACCCGGGUCGUACAUUGCCAAGCACAUAUACCAGCUCUCAGAGACGGUGGACAUGGAUCGCUUCCUGUCUGCAUGGGACGACACGGUUGCUGCUAUUCCUGCAUUGCGCACUCGUAUCGCCCUCCACAACGGCGUGUCUCUGCAGGCCGUGGUUCGAGAACCUGCCUCGUGGGAGCCUGCAAGCAGCACUCCUGACCUGCCAACUGCUCUGCACCACGCCAAGACAAUGGAGAUGCAGUAUGGCUCGCGGUUGUGUCGAUAUGCACUUACCGCCGAGGCAGCGGGUCCACGCUACUUUGUUCUGGUCAUGCACCAUGCUGUCUUCGACGGCUGGAGUCUUGGCUUGUUGAUGAGCACGUUCUGCAACUUCUACAAGGGCAGCAGUCUCGCGACGCCCAUGUCGUCCUACGCAAACUUUGUCGCCUAUCUUGACCAGGUCGAUGAGUCUGCAGCUGAGGAGUACUGGAGCCAGCAGCUCGCCGGCGCGCAGAAGACGUCGUUCUUCGACGUGGAUACUCCGCAGCACGUCGACGUCGCGUCUGACAAGAAGACAGGGACGGUGGAAACGACACUUUCCAUCCCGAAGACGACUGGAGGUGAAGCAGCAGCAACAGCAGCCAUGGCCACCCGUGCUACUGUCCUUCGUGCCGCGUGGGCCAUUGUCCUGAGCCAGUAUGCCGACUCGGACGAUGUCUGCUUCGGCACGACCAUCUCCGGUCGCCAGGCGGGCGUCCCUGGCAUCGAGAGCAUGUGUGGUCCGACUGUCGCCACGGUCCCAGUGCGGCUCAAACUUGACCGGCAACAGCCCACGUCUGACUUCCUCGAGCACGUCCAGACCCAGGCUGCUGAGAUGGUCGCGUUCGAGCAGUACGGCGUGCAGCGCAUCGCGAAGCUCGGCUCUGACGCCAAGGAGGCAUGCGACUUCACGAGUCUGCUCGUCAUCCAGCCAGGAACACCAACAACGGCUUCGGAUGCGGACACCGCCUCACAACAACCCAACGACGAGCCUCUGCUCCCGGUCAGCCCUGAAGUGUAUAAUGACCUGGGUGCCAUGGACGGCUACUUCAGCUACCCCUUGGUGGUUGAUGCCUUUGCUGGAGAUGACGAAGUAAAGCUGGUUAUCACUUAUAACGCCAACGUAGUCCAGGAAGAGAGGGCUAAAGCUCUGGCGCAACACCUGCAGCAUGUCAUUGAGCAACUGUUUGGCCAUGAUCGUCAAUCCACUCUGGGCAGGGUCUCUGUCGGCGGACCAUGGGACUUCGCAGUGGCCGCGCGUUGGAAUAGCAGCGUAGACAUGGAGCUUGCCAAGACCACCGUCCACGAUCUCAUCUCCAUCCGUGCUGCCGCACAGCCUGAAGCCCAGGCUAUCGAGGCCUGGGACGGAUCGCUGUCUUACUCGGAGCUGGACAGCCUAUCGACACAGCUGGCAGCACACCUGGUCGAAGCGGGGGUGGGACCAGAGCAGAUGGUGCCUUUCUGCCUGGACAAGUCCAAGCUUUCCAUUGUGGCAAUCCUUGCCAUCAUGAGGUCCGGCGGUGCUUUUGUCCCGCUGGAUCCCUCACACCCGCCAAGCCGCCACCAAGAUAUCCUGGCGGAGACCAAUGCCCGGCUGGUCAUCGUCUCCCCCUCGACAGCAGCGCAAUGUGCUGGACUUGGCGUCAAGGCAAUCGUGCUAUGCAACGAGCUGCUAGAUCAGUUACCACCCUGCCCAUGCCCGUCAGAAGGCACAGUCAACAGCCAAACUGCACAGGGAUCCGAUGCCGCCUACACAAUCUUCACCUCUGGCUCCACGGGCAAGCCAAAGUCUAUCGUAGUCGAGCACGCGGCCCUGUGCACGACAGUGAUGAGAAACGCGGCGGCCCACCGCGUAGACACCCGGACGCGCAUGCUGCAGUUCUCGAGCUUUGUCUUCGACGUCAGCUUGAGCGAGAUUUUUGAGACGCUCGUCUGGGGUGGUGUGCUGUGCGUGCCGUCCGAGUCACAGCGCCGCGAGGGAGUCGCCGAGUUCAUCAGGAGCUCCAACGCCAACGCGGUCAUGUUAACGUCUUCCUUCCUCAAGACUAUGACUCCCGAGCAAGUGCCUUCUCUAGAUCUUGUCAUCCUCGUGGGAGAGCCGCCGGUGAAGGAGAUUCUACAGACCUGGGUCAGACCUGGCGUCCGGCUGAUGAACUCGUAUGGCCCAACAGAAUCAUGUAUCUUCUGCGCCGCCCACACCUACGAGCGUCCAGAUGAUCGGCCUACCAACGUCGGCCGGGGCAUCACAUCGAGCAUGUGGAUUGCAGAUCAGCGUGAUCCCAAGCGACUGGCGCCAAUCGGUUGUGUCGGCGAGCUCGUGGUCGAGACGAACACUCUGUCCAGGGGCUACUCGAAUGACAAGGAUGAGACAGCUCGCGUCUUCCUGGACAGUGUCGGCUGGCUGCCAACGCCGCUGGGCCCUGACGUAAAGCCACGCUUCUACAGGACCGGCGAUCUCGCCAAGUACAACGUCGACGGCUCCAUCGAGUAUGUCGGGAGGAAGAACACCCAGAUCAAGCUGCGUGGCCACCGCAUCGAACUCGGCGCCAUAGAGCAUGCGAUCAAGAGUGUUCACUCGACAGUAGAGAACGUGGCAGUGGACAAGAUCGAGUUCGGCACGCAAGACGUCCUCGUAGCGAUGCUGAAGCUCGCCGCGGAUCCAGAAAGCAGCGAUGACGACGAAGCUGGGAACGAGCAGUCUGGCUUGGGAGAGGACCCGCUCCUGAUACCUGUCACGGCGGCCAUCUCGGCGGAUUUCAUGGCCAUCACUACGGCGCUCCGGAGCAAACUGCCGGGGUACAUGAUACCAGCCUUCUUCGUGCCUCUGCGGGAGAUGCCGGUCCAGGCGUCCUCGAUGAAGCUGAACCGGUCGAGACUUCGCCAGCUCGCAAGAAGUCUGAAGCAGGAGCAUCUCCUGGCAUAUUCUGUACGCGCUGCGGAGAAGAAUCCGCCAAGUACUGACAUGGAGAUCGUCCUCCAGUCCGUCUGGUCGCGAGCCCUGGGCCUCGACUUGGACCAUAUCGGACGUCACGACAGCUUCUUGGAGAUAGGAGGCGAUUCCAUCAGCGCCAUCCAGGUCGUCACGCUACUUCGUGAGGAGGCGUUAGCGCUCACAGUGCAGGACAUCUUCUCAAAUCCUGUCCUGUCCGCAGUGGCCAAGAAGCUUAUCCGUAUCAGUGCCGUCGACUUGGAGGAAGAGGCACACACUGUCGUUCCUUUCAGCCUGGUGCCGGCCAACCAGGUUGACAAGAUUGUCGCAAGCAUCAGGCACAAGUGCAGCCUUGACAGCAACCAAGAAGUUGAGGAUGUGUAUCCCGCCACGCCAUUGCAAGAGGGUCUCAUGGGUUUGGCCAUGCAGCAGCCAGGGUCAUACAUUGCAAAGCAUAUUCACCGCUUGCCCGACAAUGUCAACAUCAAGCGCUUCAAGGCUGCUUGGGAACGGACACUCGAGCUCUGUCAAAGUCUGCGCACCCGCAUCGUCCUCCACGACGGCGCUACCUAUCAGGCCGUCAUCAAAGAAGAGCCAACAUGGGCGGAGACCGGCGAGGCCAGCUUGACCGCAGUCCUGAGCGGACUCAAGAUGAUUGGGAUGGAGUACGGAUCCCGCCUCUGCCGAUACGCCCUGGUCACUGACACCGAUGGUGCUCGCUACUUUAUGCUGGUCGUUCAGCACUCGGUGUUUGAUGGCUGGAGCAUGGCCCUGACCCUGCAGACUCUUGAUGGCUUGUACCGGGGCCAUGCAGAGCUUCCUCUGAAGCCGUUCUCUAGCUUCGUCCAGCAUCUCGCUACAGGCACUGACCAUGCUGCCGCGGAGGAGUACUGGGCUACACAGCUUGAUGGUGCCCGGCCAUUGUCGUUUCGAGGCCCAGUCAAGACAUCAUCGACGACAACCACGCGCCUCAUAGAGAAGCGCAUCAGCCUAUCACGAUCCGCAAAGAUGUCUUCCAUCACUACCGCCACUGUGAUACGAGCUGCUUGGGCGUUGGUUCUCGCUCGCUACUCUGACACGGACGACGUGUGCUUCGGAACGACCGUCUCUGGGCGGCAGCUGUCGACUCCCGGUAUUGAGAGUGUAGCCGGCCCUACCGUGGCCACUGUGCCUGUGCGCAUGAGGCUUAGUCGCGACAAGCCAGUGGCUGAUUUCCUUCACGACGUUCAGACCCAAGCUACUGAGAUGGUGCCAUUCGAACAGUUCGGACUCCGCAACAUAUCCAAACUAAAUGCCCAGGCAAGAGCCAUCUGCGACUUUUCCAGUCUCAUGAUCAUUCAACCCGGUGGCGGCGGUGUUGUGCAAAACGCAUCCGGAGGCGAGGCGCUCCUUCGCCCUGUGGAUCCCAAGAUCUUUGGAUUCGUAGAAGCCAUGGACGGCUACUUCAGCUACCCGCUGGUGAUGCAGGCUCUCACGUACUCGGACUUUGCAGACUUGGUGUUGACCUAUGAUCCCAGCGUGGUCGGAGAGCAUCGACUACACGCCAUGACAAAUCACCUCGAUCACAUUGUGCAACAGCUGCUUUCACCACAAGGCGCCUCUCUGGGCGACCUGUCAUUGGCUGGCCCCUGGGACUUUGAACAGGCUUGCCAAUGGAACACGGCCAACUCAACCCCUAUUCGCAAAUGUGUGCACGACCUGGUGACAGAACAAGCCAAGCGAACACCUACCCACGAGGCUGUCGUCUCUCAGACGGAGUCUCUCAGCUACGCCGAGCUGGACUGCCUGUCCAGUGGCUUGGCUGUCUACCUCUCGACGCUCGGGGUUGGUCCUGAGAUGAUGGUCCCGAUCUGUAUGGAAAAGUCUGUGUGGACAGUUGUUGCCAUGCUAGGCGUGCUCAAGGCCGGUGGAGCCUUUGUGCCUCUCGAUCCCUCGCAUCCCGCGACACGGCGCCAGAGUCUGGUGAGCGAUACGCAAACCCAAGUCAUCCUUGCUUCUCCCGCUACCAUGGCUUCAUGCCGGGGACUCGUACCUAUGGUCGUCGAGAUCUCUCCUACACGCCUGGACCUCAUGUAUCUGCGGUAUGGCGGCAACAGCAUCUCUCCCGCAACGCCAUCCAACACUGCAUACGUCAUCUUCACCUCCGGAUCGACAGGCCGACCCAAGACUAUCGUGGUAGAGCACUCGGCGCUCUGCACUAGCUUACUGGGCAGUGGCCGAGCCUACCAUUUCACACCCGAGUCCCGGGUCUUGCAGUUCUCAAACUACGUGUUCGACGUCAGUUUGAGCGAGAUCUUUGAGACGCUCUUCUUUGGCGGCACCAUAUGCGUCCCCUCUGACGAGGAGCGCAUGAACGUUACGCCUUUUAUCCGCGACAUGGGCGUCAACACCGCUCUUUUGACAUCGACGUUUGUCCGGACCUUCGUUCCAGCCGACGUGCCGUCGCUGAGUCUGCUCAUCCUCGUGGGUGAGCCACCAGCAAAGGACAUACUGACCACUUGGUUGCCGGCAAGCAACGUGACUCUGGCCAACGCCUAUGGCCCCUCCGAGAUCAGCGUGUUCUGCACCUCGCAUGUUUUCAAAUCCACCGAGGAGCCACCGACUACUGUCGGCCGCGGCUUUGGAGCAGACUGCUGGAUCAUCGAAUCGGACGACGGCCGCCCACGACUCGCACCAGUGGGCUGUGUCGGUGAGCUUCUGGUGCAGCGCGAGAUGGCUCGUGGCUAUCUCAACGAUAGGGCGGCCACGGACGCAGCUUUCAUCAAGCUCGUCGAUUGGCUGCCGGAACGCGACGCCGGAGACACACGCCGCUUCUACAAGACUGGCGACAUGGUUCGCUACAAUGCCGAUGGCACUAUUGAGUAUCUGGGCCGCAGAGACACUCAGGUCAAGGUGCGCGGUCACCGUGUGGAGCUGGGAGAGGUCGAGUACGCCCUCAAACGGGUCCUUCCCGGGAUCCAACAUGCUGCCGUGGAUGUCCUGCGACUGGAUUCCCGCGAGACACUUAUCGCGUUGUUCAGCUUCACGGAUGCUGCCUCCUAUGCAGACGUGAUAACUCCUCCGGAACAGAAAGCUGGCAAGGUCGACUGGCUACUCCCCAUGACUGACUCGAUGCGCAAGGCUUUCAUCAAGGCCGUAGACGAGUUGAGGCUCAGGCUUCCGUCAUACAUGCGCCCAACCACUCUCCUCCCACUGCGAGACAUGCCGCUCCUCACUUCGAUGAAGCUAAACAGAGCUGCGCUCCGACAGCAGUUCGGUCAACUGACCAGUGCUGACCUGCUCGAAUACUCGCUGUCGAGUGCUACCAAGGAGGAGCCGGUCACUGAGCCGGAACACGAGCUUCGCAAGGCAUGGGCGCAGGUUCUGGGACUACAAGUCGACCAGAUUGGCCGCCAUGACAGCUUCAUGGAACUGGGCGGCGACUCGAUCACGGCAAUCCAGAUGAUCGCCGCCGUCCGAGAACACCUGGACAUGACGCUAACUGUGCAAGAUGUCCUUCAUGAUCCCCGGCUGUCUGCGCUUGCGGCCCUCGCAACAAACAAGAAGACUUUGCGCCAAGACGACGACAACAACAGCGACAGGGAUGCCACACCAUUCAGCCUACUCCCGCCGGGCAGCAGGCUCGAGAGCUUGUUGCAGUCAGUGGCACAAGAGUGUGGGCUGGACUCUGUCGACGAGGUGGAGGACAUUCUUCCCGCGACGGCCCUACAAGAGGAAAUGGUUGCCUUUACCGCCGUGGAGCCAUACGGCUGGGUCCGCCAGAUCCCGUACAAACUGCACGAUGGGGCCGACGUGGCCUCCUUCAUUGCGGCUUGGGAGCGCGUGCUCGAGCUCUACGCAAUCCACCGCACUCGCGUCGUCCUGCGCGACAACGUCUAUCUCCAGGUCGUCACGCGCCAUGGUACCCAGUGGGAGCAGCAGGCCGACCCGGAUGUCGACAAGUCAUUCGACGCCCUGCGCGAGAUAAGCAUGGGCUUCGGCCAGCCGCUGUGCAGAUAUGCUCUGAUCACGGAUCAGACAGGCUCCGGCAGGGGCAGCUACUUUGUGCUCGUCAUCCACCACGCCCUCUUUGACCUGUGGAGUCUGGACCUCGUCCUGUCCACGCUCAAGAACCUCUAUCUGGGUCUCGAUGUCGCUCCGUUCCGACCAUACAGCGGACUCAUCAAGAACAUCGUCGAGACUGACGAGGCAGUAGCACGGGAAUACUGGGCGGACCAGCUACACAAUCUCACUCCCGCGCGUCUCCCCUUUGCUGCUGCCCUGCCUCCCGGCGCGAAGCAGCAAAACUUGUUCCUGCACCGGUACUUCCCCUUCCCCCGCGCGACAGGCACCUCGUUCACCAAGGCGACAAUCCUCCGCGCGACUUGGGCACUGCUCCUCGCCCGCCACUGCCAGACAGACGACAUCUGCUUCCUCACCACCGUGCUUGGUCGCGACGCCGACAUCCCUGGCGUCGAGUCCAUGGUCGGCAUGGCCCUCACGCACGUCUUGGUACGUGUCCGUCUCAGCAACGACGAUAAGAGCAAGCAUGGAAGCAGACCUACGACGAUAGCGGGCUUCCUGCAGGCCAUCCAGGCCCAAGCCGCAGACAUGAUCCCCUUCCAGCAGUACGGCCUGCCCAAGAUCUCCACCAUCAGCCAGGCCGCAAAGGCAGCCUGCGAGUUUCCCUGGAAGUUCCUUAUCCAGCCUGAGCUCUCGUCACCAUCCUCCUCAGCCGCGGCCACAGCUUCGUCCUCGACAGUGGCGGCAGCGGCACCAGCAGCCCUGGUGAGCAACAUCCAGCUGCUACAGGCCACCAAGCUGGGCGGCGACGGCCCCGUCAAAGGCUACGAGAGCGCGCCCAUCUGCCUCGACGUCUUCAUCGAGGCCGAGCGCGUGCACCUCAUGGUGACGUACAACCCGGAGGCGGUGUCCGAGGAGCCCCUCCAAAGACUGUGCGACGAGUACAACCACAUCAUGAGCCAGCUUCUCACACAGGACUCCAGGCCGCUUGGCUCUGUCGUGCUGCCUUCUGUGUAGGAGACUUGAGGGGAUAAUCCAGAGAUGCAUGUCUAGAAUGACAUGGCUGGUUGUGGGAAAGGAGAUUCUACGUAUUGGAGAACGCUUCAGAAAGGAGAAACGCAAACACGCAC